UAUCCCUCGGGAAGGGGAACGAGGGAUGAAUUACGAUUGGCCAAACGUUUCGAGACGUCCAAUAGUUUCGAAGAGAUCCAUCAUAGAUCUGUCGUGAUUGUACACCGUAACAUCUAUCACUUAGAGGGGAAGAGUUCGUUUUGAUAGUUGCUACUAUAGCUAAUCGUCAUUUAGUCAGUUCGUCCUUUGAUUCAAAUAAGUUUAUGGAUCGUCGAUUUUAAAAGAUCUCCUCGAGGAAUCGACAGUAAUAUUCAGCUCAAACGAAUACAAGAAACCAGGUAAAAUUAUACAUUUCCGACGAAUAGCUAAUUUAUUUUUUUCUUUGUUUACAAACCGUGUUGAUUAAGAAUGUCCUUCACCAAAUAUUCUUCGCGAUUCUUACUAUUACCAGAGAGAAGAUUGUUCUCUCUGCUAUUACUACGUUAAAACCUUAAGACGUACGAUCUUCUGAUUUUUAUCGAAAGAAUCUCGUCUAAUUUUUACCCUUUAGUGUCAAACAAUGGAGAUAUCACAAAGAAAGCCGACGAAACGUCCGAGAGAGCCGAUGGACGAAUGGCUACGAUUAGAAGGAUACUUCAGGAAACACGCGCCCAGAGAUUCAACUUGUCUGUUCCGAGCAGUUAGUGAACAGGUUUAUUUGACGCAGCAUUAUCACAUAAGAGUAAGGAAGGAAUGCGUGGAGUACAUGAGAAGGAUGAGAUAUCUAUUCGAACAGUACAUAACGAUACCGUUCGACGAUUACUUAGACCAAAUGGCUUGUUUCACGCAAUGGGGUGGUUACAUUGAAAUUCAAGCGAUGUCCAUGCUGUACGAAAGGAAUUUCGUUAUAUUUUCCGGGUACAACCAAACAGAUCACAUUGGCACUAACAGUGAUAGCAAGGAUACAAUAUAUUUGUGCCAGACAUCGGCAAAACAGUACGAAUGCAUUUACACAAGAGACUAUGUGGGAAAUGCUGCUUUCUGCCAAUCUAUCGUUUAUAAAGUACUCUAUGAGAACGUCUUUGAAAUGGACAACAUAGAAGGCACUGUAGAUAAAAUGUUACACGAUAAAACGGCAACGUUCAGGCACGAUAAGUUUUUCCUGAAGGAGAAUUUAGAAAUUCGAGAACAAUUAACUACUGAUAUUUAUAAUGCGGAAAAUACGGAUAACGGAUACGAUGAGACUGAUGAUGCGCAAGGUGUAGCAAGGAGCAAACUUGGCACACCACCGUUUCCUUAUAAAGUGGCCAAAGCUCUGGAUCCAAAUAUCUAUCGUAACACAGACUUCGAUAUAUGGCACGAAAUCAGAAGGGAGGUAAAAAAUGCAGGAUGGACUAAACACAACGCUAAUAAGCUUCAAGUCGGUGGGAAGUGUUUGGUCCAGGUGAAUUUCGAUGAGAGAAAUUAUGACAAGAAUAGCAAUAAUAAUAACAAUGACUGUGUGCCUUCACUCGAAAAGAGUUUCGAUGACAGUAUAGAAACUAUAGGAAAGACUGACAAAGACCCUGUAUUUUAUUAUGGGCACAUUCAAGAAAUAGACAAGAACGAGGGUCCUGUAUUAGUUUUUAUUGAAGAAUUAGGUGAGAAGAGGCUCGUGCCAUAUUCCGCUCUUAAACCGCUGCCGUCGAAAAAGAAUAGACAAGGGAAUUGGUCGCCGACGUAUAAGAAGAAUCUAUCAUUAGAUUCAAGUACGAAAUGGAAGAAGACGUACAAUGUAAAGCCGACUAAGACGAAAAUUACUGUUUUACCGAAUAACGUUAAUACAAAUGAGAACAAUAAUUCUAUUAUUAGCGAUAUUAAUAAAAACAAUAUUUCGUGGAAAGAAGAAGGAACGAAGAAAGUGAACGGUGAAUCCUACGAAAACUUUGCCUCGCAGGAUUCUUCCAGUUUCUCGGCGAUCGAUAAUGAUGAAUUGUCUCCCAUGGGUGCUCCCAAAGCCCAAUCUUCUCCCAUAGACAUGGGAAGGCAAGAGAAAAGUAGGGAGCGUAGAGAACGGAGUUCGUUCACGUAUAAUAAAAAUUUAGGGAAUAAUUUCAAAAGAGGUUCGAAGUCUGAUAGUGCAAUUAAUAAUGAUAGUAAUAACAGCAUAGUGCCAUUUAACGGGUAUCCGAAAGAAAGAACACUGGAGGAAACCUAUUACAAUUACACUGAUUCAGAGAAUUCUAAUGUACAACUGCUUCCUAUUAAUUGCACCGUGCAAAAGAGUGUGGAUAUAAGUGGUAGCGAUUUACCAUUGUCAGAUCCAUUAACUUUAAGAUUUUUUUAUAAUCUAGGAUUAGAGUAUUUUCACAAUGGUGGUAACUGGAAUUAUUUAACGAAUGGACAAUCGCCGAGUUUUGGAGAGUGCUAUCGAGGUACAACUUCGAACGAAGAGAUAAGUAGUACUACAGAAAUGAUGCGUGAGUGUACACUGGCACAGAAGGGACAAGAACACGAGAGUACUAAAACAGAGACUACCCGGAAACCAGUACCUCGAGAAACUAAAGAUGCUGUAAAUAAUCUGAUUCAAAAAACGGAAAUUCCGAAAGCAGAGGAUGUGAAAGAUGGAUGUAAUCAGUCUUCCGACAAAGUGCAGAAGUUUCCGAAUAAGAACACUUACGCGCAAUCCCCCGUAAGAAGAAACGGACUGAGUCCGCGAUUCAAAAAGAACGCAGGAAUUUUUAAUUGCACAGAACGGUAUCGGCCCAAUACAGACGUGAAAGUUGCCAAGGGAGGUACGAAAGAGAACUACCGAGGUAUCCGGCAUACGAACUCGUUCCCCCCUCAGAUACCCGUACCAGCAGAUAUGAUGAAUUCUUAUCAAGAAACUCACAUGCAGCAAGGAAUGUAUUCCGGAUUACCGUAUUACUCGAACGAAGGGGAGGCAUUCGCAAAUCCUUAUUAUCCUCCUCCGAGCCCGGGAUACAUCCCGAUGCAAUGCUUGCCACCCACCGACAUGCCCGACGUCAAUAAUUUACAGCCGUAUCUACCUCAGCCGUAUCCCGGGAUGGACUACGCGCAAGCUUAUUCCGGAUCGUGUCCUCCGCCUUACUUGUGCAAUCCUGUACCGCCAGCUAUGUUUAACGUGCCUCCGCAAAAUAUCCCUCCAGAACACUGGUAUGCAGUUGCUGGACAACCACAUUACAUGCCGUACGCGCCGAUGGUGCCCAUGGCUCCGGAACCAAAUUGUAACGGCGUGACACAAAAUAUAAAUCAAACCGUUCCAUCUUAAAACCGACUUCGCAAUAACUGCGAACACUGUGAUCGGAUACUAUUAAUCAGUAUUAACAAACUUACCUUCCGGACGCUGCUGCGUCCCUUGAUAAGAUAUCGAUAUAAAGGAGAGUAAAGGUAUAUAAAGAAGAGUUAUAAAAGUAACUAUUAUAUAUAUAAAUACUAUAUAAAAUAUACAUAAAAGUAAAUGAGUGAUAUAUCAGUACAAAGUAGAAGUUAAACCGCCAGUUACAGUACCUGUAUAAUUACGUUCAGUAUAACGAACCCUCUCGGUACAGACUUGUUCCUAUGCUGUGCAAAAGUACAAAUAACGAUUCCUGACAUUUUAUACAGGUGACUAUUAAGUUCAGAAAUGUAUUUACUCAUUCAUACUUUAAUACUUCGUUUGUUAAAAUAUUUUUGCUAAUAAAAUUUUGUAAAAAAACCAAGUGUAUUCUUUUUCCUUUAACAAUGCAAUCCAUUAACAGGUUAGGCAAUAUUAACUAACGCUUAUUAGAGAUUUAUUGCUCCCGAGAAUGUCGAGAUCCUUGAAAACAUUCGGGAGGUUCGAAUAAUAUUGAAUUCG